AUGGGAGACAAUAUUUCAGGCUCAGAUGCUUCGGAUGUUGAAGUACCAGGGUCUGAAGCAUCAGGGGAAACAGUGGCAGCAGCUCCAGAAGGAACCCUCAGAGAAGUCGUGAAAAGAAAUGCGUUUGCAGAGCUCAUGUCCCCCAAGACCAAACAACAGAAACUAACGGCGCCUUCGAAGGCAACAACACUAACAAAGACGAAAGGGUCGCGAUUUGGUAUGCGUGAUGGCCUGGGUGCUUACCUUAAGCAUCCAGAGUCAUACCCACCGUCGACCGUAGUUUAUUAUAACGAUGACUUUGUUGCAAUCUACGAUCUAUACCCCAAGUCAUCUCUUCACUUGCUACUACUGCCUCGCGACUCCUCAAAGUUCUAUAUGCACCCAUUCGAUGCCUUCGAGGAUACUGAAUUUUUGCAAAAGGUGCAGACUGAGGUGAAAAAGCUGCGCAAAUUGGCAGCCGGCGAAUUGCGUAGGAUAUAUGGUAAAUUCUCCGAGCAAGAAAAAGCGCGGCGUGAGGUGAUGGAGCAAGAAGAACCAUCGGCAGACCUGCCACCAGGAAGAGAUUGGGAGAAGGAAAUCAUGACGGGUAUUCAUGCGCGUCCGUCCAUGAGCCAUUUACACAUUCAUGUCAUGUCUGUAGACCGAUACAGCGACAGACUCAAGCACCGAAAACAUUACAAUAGCUUUGCAACUCCAUUUUUUGUUAACAUUGACGAUUUUCCACUGGCACGGAAUGAUCCGCGGCGCCAUCCGGGUAGGGAAGCUUACUUGCAGCGAGAUUUCAUCUGCUGGCGAUGUUCUCGAAAUUUCGGCAACAAGUUUCAGCAACUCAAGGAUCACCUAGCGGAGGAGUUCGAACAAUGGAAAAGGUUAUAG